UGGUAGCUAGGCGCCGGUGGCGGGAAGGAAAUACGCAGGCUGGAGUAUGCUCCCUCCUACUCGCUACCGGAACUGUGGCAGCAAUCUUAACUGCUCCUGCUCCGGGAAGGGCUGCAAACUGCUCAGAUUUUGUUUCUUUUUCCUUUCCUCCGCUCUUCCCGGAAGGUGAAAGGUCGAAUCGUGGAUAGACUCACCUCCAGGGCCCAAAACCCACGGCCACAGGGGCGCCAUUGUUCUCCGGACUCAUUUGUUAAAGCUCUUUUUGGGAGCCUUGGCUCUGAAGCGAGCUUCUCAGAGUUAGCGGGUGCCGCAACACAGCCUUGAUGCAGUGUGAAUCCAGUCCAAGGGAAGAGGAGAUCCCGUCUCUCUUUUGGGGUUUGGAUCCUGUAUUUCUAGCCUUUGCAAAACUCUACAUCAGGGAUAUCCUGGAGAUGAAGGAGUCCCACCAAAUAUCAGGUAUAUAUCUUUACAACGGGCAUCCGAUAAGACGAGUGGAUAUCAUGGGAACUGUCAUUAGCAUGAGAGAAAAGGAUGCUUUCUACAGCUAUGGAGUGGAUGAUGCCACUGGGGUUAUCAACUGCACCUGCUGGAAAAAGGGGAGCAAUACUGCGUCUUCGCCAGACCCAGCUGCUCCAAGCACUGCAAGAGAGCUGAGCGUGACCUCACAGCUUAAGAAAUUGCAGGAGACCAUUGAGCAGAAAACCAAGAUAGAAAUUGGGGAUGUUAUCCGCGUCAGAGGCUACGUGCACGUGUUCAGAGAAGAGCGAGAAAUCCGUGCCUCCAUGUAUUAUAAGGUGGACGAUCCAGUGUGGAACAUUCAAAUUGCAAGGAUGCUUGAGCUGCCUGCGCUCUACAAGAGAGUAUAUGACCAGCCGUUCCGCAACCCAGCCCUGAAGGACGAAGAGGCGCCGAGCAAUAUGGACACUUUGGAUCUCGCCGGCCUCACGUCUUUGUUGAGUGAGAAAAUCAAAGAAUUCCUCCAGGAUAAGAAAGUGCAGACCUUCUACCAGCAGGAACUGGAAAUGGUGGAGUCUUUGCAGUCCCUGGCCAGGCAGCCUGUGCUUCACAGCGCCUGCUCGGACCAGGUGGAAUCCAAGAGCAGCACCACUUCCAACACAGUUCACAGUGUGUUUAAGAAUGCUAUACAGCUGCUGCGGGAAAAGGGACUCCUGUUCCAGAAAGAUGGUGGCUGUGAUAAGUUGUACUACGUGACCAACAAGGACAAAGACCUGCACCAAAAGAUCUACCAGAUUGUUAAGGAAGAGUGCCAGAAACCAAAUCAUGUGGAGAAGGGAUGCCACUUGAUGCAUAUCCUGAGCUGCGUGCGCCUGCACCUCCGCUGGGACCUGAACAAGGCUGUGCUGCAGCAGGUGCUGGAGUUCCUGGAGGACCAGAGUGACAUCGUGAGCACUGGAGCUCACUACUAUACUGCCUUCUGAGCAGAACUGCGGACCAAAGCUAGGCGGCUUUACCCCGGGUUCUACUCACAGGCAUUGUACAAAGACUUACGUGUAUAUAUUUAACCUCAUAAUAAAUUCUAUUAUAGU